AUGACAUCCAGCCUCUUCGGUCGUCUGGCUGCCGGCUGGGGUGCUGACAAGAUUGGCAGAUGGAACAUGUUCAUCAUCGCCUGCACAGUAUCUGGUAUUUGCGAGUUCGCCGUCUGGAUCCCCGCCACCAAAGCUUCCAUCGAUAUUGGCUUCGCGAUCAUGUUUGGGUUCGCAUCAGGAGCUUUUAUGGCCCUUUCUGGCGCCCUUCCCGUUUCUGUCUCGCCUCUUCCUGAGAUUGGUUACAGGCUGGGCGUAGUGUUUCUGGCAAUCUCGAUCCCUGCCCUGACUAUGGCUCCUAUCGGCGGCGCUGUCCUGCAAGCCUCUGCUACACAUGGCUGGCGGGACGUCAAGAUCUUCGGUGGCGUCAUAGAUACAAUUGAAGUCAUGGCAGCCGUCAAAGUCGCGCUGAUAACUGCCAGCUCGGCAGGGUUAGGCGCCCAAAUCGCCCGCGUCUUCGCACCAGAUUUCCGUGUGUCAACCCCGCGAUUCCACCUCGUCCAGGCGGACAUGUCAUCAAAGAUAUCGGUGCAAAAUCUCGUCAAAGAGACCAUUGAUACUAUGGGAAGGUUGGAUGUAGUGGUAUCGAAUGCAGGCUGGACGCGCAUGACCACAUUCACAGACAUCGAGCAACAGGUCAACGACGAAGACUGGGACAAGUGCUUCACCAUGAAUGUCAAGACGCACUUGUGGCUUGCUUACGCUGCCAAAGACGCACUGGCCGAGACCGAAGGCGCGUUCAUCAGCACAGCGAGUGUUGCUGGUGUAAAGCCAUCGGGGUCAAGUGUGCCUUAUGCAGUCACCAAGGCGGCGCAAAUACAUCUCGCGAAGAGCUUGGCUGUGAUCCUGGCGCCGAAGAUUAGAGUGAACAGUAUUAGCCCGGGAAUGCUUCUGACGGAGUGGGGACUCAAAUUUCCCGAGACUAAGAGGAACGCAGCGAUUGGGAAUACGAAGUUGAAGCGGUUAGCGACGGUGGAGGAUUGUGCUGAGCAGGUCAGGGUAUUGGCUUUGAGUAGGAGUAUCACUGGACAGAAUAUCUGUAUCGAUGGUGGAAGCUCGGUAUGA